AUUUCAGCAAAAAUAAUUUCAAUUCCAAACGCGGUGCUGACGGUAAGAGUUAAAACUUCGUGAACCUUUUUUCGUCGUUGUUGAUGUCGCGAGCAAGCAGCUCGAAAAUUGUGUGCGUGGAUUAAUAUUUGUUAGUUAAACGGCGUCCAUUGUAAUUUAUUCCACUAAUUAACUAACGUGUGUGUGCCUCACCGCUGUUCCCGUGUAAGUUUAUGUGUGUUUGUGCUGCUCAAUUGAGACUUUUCAAUUAGAAAUUCUGCUACUUACUACGCACAGUUCCGUGUCUACGUUUGUGUAUACCAAUUGAAAUAUCUGCAAGAACAACAACAGUACACAACACUACACUAGCCAACAUAAUGGAUGAUUUAGAUGCAUUGCUAGCCGAUUUGCAGAACAGUGUGCCGGGACAGCAGCAACAUCAGCCCCAAUAUGGCACCGUGCAGUCCAAACAUUUGCCCCAACAACAACACCAACAACACCAACAUCAACAACAUCAGCAAUCACAGAACUUUGUGGACAGUACGCCCGGUUACGGUAGCUUGAGAGGCAAACCGCAGCCACAGCUGUAUCAGGAGCAUUAUAGCGUGGAGACGCGCUCCCCCACUGCUGACUUAAUUGGCCCUAGUCAAAACAAUACCUAUCAGAAUCAAAGCGCCGGUUCACUGCCGCGCAAAGCCCCGGCAUAUAACAACGGCCAAGGUAACUCGGGAUUAUCCGAGCUCGAGGACUUGCUGCAGGACUUGCAGAAUGCGCGCUACAACAAUGGUGUGGAAAAGAAUGCAACUGAUGUUGAUGUGCCGUACAGCACACCCCACUCGAAAUAUAACACCUAUAAUAGCUAUGCCUCUGUCGGCGAGCGUCCAUCAAUGGACAGUUUGCUAAACGAAAUGGAUAACUCGCACAUUUAUGCUGUGCCCAAUGGCUCUGCACAGAAAUCCCCAACACCCGGACGUCAUGUUACCAUUACCGUACGCGAAACUAAGACCGAGAAGCUGUCAGGGCCCGAUGGUCCAGUUGGCUCUAUUGAGGAGAAAAUUGUGCAGCAAAAAGAUUCAUAUACGCCCAACUUCGGUGCACCCCCUCAGCAUCAGGCCUAUACGUCGCAGGCCACUAGGGAGUUGGAUGAUUUGAUGGCUUCGCUGUCGGACUUUAAGGUCAAUACCAGUAGCAGCAGCAACGGCCAUAGUAACGCGAACGGACACCAGACAGCGCCCUCACAGCAGCUGCAUCAUCAUCAGCAUCAGACGGUCACCGAUUACGCCAAACCCAACAAGGGAGUAUCGCAUCUGACGCAAACGAUCGAAGAGACGACCAUAGUCGAGGAUAGUCGCGAGGAUCAGUUGGAUUCUAUGCUUGGUAACCUACAGGCCAAUAUGAGUCGUCAAGGUGUGAAUACUGUUCAGAAGGGCUGCUGCAAUGCCUGCGAGAAACCCAUUGUGGGUCAGGUGAUAACCGCUCUGGGCAAGACCUGGCAUCCGGAGCAUUUCACGUGCAACCACUGCAACCAGGAGCUGGGCACACGCAACUUCUUCGAGCGCGAAGGCUUCCCCUACUGCGAACCCGACUAUCACAAUCUGUUCAGUCCUCGUUGUGCCUACUGCAAUGGCGCCAUUCUGGAUAAAUGCGUGACUGCUUUGGAUAAGACCUGGCAUACGGAGCACUUCUUCUGUGCUCAGUGUGGCCAGCAAUUUGGAGAGGAUGGCUUCCAUGAGCGCGAUGGCAAACCCUAUUGCCGCAACGACUACUUUGAGAUGUUCGCACCCAAGUGCAAUGGCUGCAACCGGGCCAUUAUGGAGAACUAUAUAUCGGCAUUGAACUCACAAUGGCAUCCCGAUUGCUUCGUCUGCAGGGACUGUCGGCAGCCCUUCCAGGGUGGUUCGUUCUUCGAUCAUGAGGGCCUACCUUACUGUGAGACGCAUUAUCAUGCGAAGCGAGGAUCGCUCUGCGCCGGCUGCUCGAAGCCCAUAACGGGUCGCUGCAUUACAGCCAUGUUCAAGAAAUUCCAUCCGGAACAUUUUGUGUGCGCCUUCUGCCUGAAGCAGCUGAACAAGGGCACCUUCAAGGAGCAAAAGGACAAGCCCUAUUGUCACACCUGCUUCGAGAAGAUAUUUGGUUGAGUGAUGAAGGGCGAAGAACUAUGCCUAUUGGUAAUAAUUUUAUGUUUUAUGAUUCUGAUCAAUCAACGCAAUAUCUGUGCUUUGUAUAACCGAGUCAAAUUAGUAAUGUAAACAAUAUAGACAGACAACACACUCACACACAUAGCCGACGAUAUAAACGACAUAAGAGAUAUGAUGUUUUAUUCAAUUACGAUUCGACGAUAAUAGUAGAUUGAUAAUUGUUUCUGUUUAUCAAUUGAUCGCUCGCGGCCAGAAUUUAUGUUUGCAAUCAAUCACAUUAUUCCAAUUUGUGCCAAGCUGCCGAGCUAAGUACAUAAUUAUUUGGCUGGCAUAGUUAAAUAUCACAAACACAAACACACUCACACCCACACACAUACACACACACACUCUUUAUUUUACAUGCAUGCAGAGAUAAGUCUUUUUCUAUAAUUGACCCUGCGUUUGUUUUUCCGUCAAAUUUUUCAACCACACUUCGCUAUGCUAAUAAAAACCAUAAAAAUAUUA